GUUCUGUAACAGUCAGUCGUUCACGAAGUCAUUCCCUAUUCCCUCAUCACCAUGGUUGCUUUCUCCAAGUUGGUCCUCGCGGCUCUAAUUAGCCACACCACCGCCCACCCCGGCGAGAAACACGACGCGCAGAAGAUGAAGCGUGAGCUCGUAGCCCGUGACUAUGCGGCUCAAGUUGGCGCUCGAUCCCUAGCUUCGUGCUCAAACUCGGCUUCCGCUCAAGCCCUGAAGGCGCGCUCAAUCGCGCGUCGUGCCGAAACCGUCAGCAAAAUCCGACAGAAGCGUGGCAUCCAGGCCGCUGCGAGAAAGAACAAGCGAGAACUCGCAGAUCUCCAGGCCUGGGAGAAUGUCAACCACAACAUGACGGGAACUUACGACUACAACAUGUUCACCUCGCUCAAGGAGGUGUUCAGCGGAAACACAAGCUGUAUCCUAGCCCCUGAGAUUACCGACGGGCCCUACUAUAUUGUUGGGGAGAAGAUGCGGUCGAAUGUUAAGGAGGCCAAGUGGUGCGACGGUAUCGACUUGUUCCUCGAAGUCCAGUACAUUGACGUAAACACCUGCGACCCCAUCCCCUCUGUUGCGGUCGACAUCUGGAACUGUAACGCUACCGGUGUCUACAGCGGUAUCUCUACCAACGGAAACUACGCCGACGGCGGAUACAACUCUACUUACCUCCGAGGUAUCCAGUUGACAGAUUCCGACGGUGUCGCCAGCUUCGAGACGAUUUUCCCCGGCCACUAUAGUGGACGUGCUGUCCACACACAUUUGUUGGCACACACCAAUGCUAAGGUCAUGCCCAACGGUACUAUCUCCGUCUGGAACGCACCAGUCAGCCACAUCGGACAGCUUUUCUGGCCUGAGGACUUACGCCAGGAGGUCGAGAAGACGUACCCGUACAAUACCAACACGGUGGAAGUCACGACCAACGACGAGGACAUGUGGUCCGUCCUCCAGGCCGACGAGGCGUACGACCCCUUCCCGCAGUACGUCUACCUCGGCGACUCGAUCGAGGACGGCCUGUUCGCCUGGAUCCAGAUCGGCAUCAACGGCUCCGCCGAUUACACCGAGAACGAGUAUUACGGAGUUGCUGCGUAUCUCGACGCCGAGGGCGGCCACUCGACUGGUUACAGCGUCGGAGGCGGUGCUCCGGGUGGCGGUAACGGAACCGGCCCCGGUGGAAACGGAACUAUGCCUAGUGGAUUCCCGAGCGGUGCUCCCCCUGCGGAGACCGGUGCUUAAAGAGACAGGCUAAGAUUCCGUUCAGUUAAUCAUACGAAGCCACCAUAGUUACCA